GAGGCUGAUUAUAAGGAGGAUUCUCCGAUCUUUAAACUAAAUUCUUUAUUCGCCACAGGCCAGUCAAAUUUCGAGGUGAUCUGGAUCCUUCGAGCUGCUUUCGAUCGUUUCGUGGAUGCACCUCCAGAUCUCGGUCUAUUCGGAGUCAUCUCCCUGGUAUCAUUUUUGUGUGAAAAAGUCUCCAAAUUCUCUAGAUCAAUCCAAUUUUGCGUCUUUGCUACUGCAGAAUAUGUAAUGGGCACUUGUAGGAGUGGAAACGACCUGCAACAUCAGCUUGUGUCUGUCAAAUCAGUGCAGAGCAUUCGCACGCAGAACGAGAAAGAGGCUGGUGGAGGGGUCAGCCGGACGUCGCAGAUUCUCACCAUCUCCCCAGCCUUAGUUGCAUUCCCAACCUCAGCUCUUUAG